AAAUUACUCAAGAGUGCUGGCAAUUUAACCACCAUUGUUGAUCACUAGCGUCAGAACAAUGCACGAACAAUCGGAUUUGGUUGAUUGUGCACAAAUCUGAUUGUAUUCGACAUAAUCUUUGGCUAGAAACAACUAGAUCACUAUAGAUCUGGUAAAAAAUGGUUGGAGGUCAAAUCUAUUUUGGUUGUUUUCAACAAGAUCUACGGCUUUGGCCAGACGGCCGUCUGGGUAUCUACAUGUUUCAGCUUCGCUGAUGCAACGCCCUGGAUUAUUUUGUAUCUCUCAUCAUCCUCCAUUUCAAACGGUUUUUGUUUAGUUCAUGAUUAACAUUGGAUCUCAUAUAAAUACAUGUUAAUUGCCAAAUACCCCAUAAUUAACUGCAUGUGCAUACAUCAUAAGACCAAUUUUUUUUUCCAUGUAAUGACAAGACUAUCAGUAAAAUUUAGAUUGUAAAUUACUUUUCAGUCUCUAAUAUAUAACUUAGUAUGUUGAACCGACAAAGAGGCAUAAAAAGUCGAACCAAAUAAAUAUAAAGCAGAAUAUCAGAAGAAGAAGAUGGAGAGGGUGCCGAGCACGGUGUUGAAUGAAGAGAUACUUCGGAGGCUGGAUUUGCAGACUUUAUCCUCGCUUGCUUGUCUCAAUAGAUCCUUUCGCUUAUUGGUUUACUCUCAAGCUCUUCCUUCUCUGACUUCUCUCCAUUUCUCUACCAUGUCUCCUGAUGGGCAGACUCUGGAAAUAAUUCUGGGUCGUUGUAAAGGUCUAAACUCUCUUACUCUCAACUGCCUCCGUCUCCAAGACCACCCACUCUCUGCUUUCCUUUGUCCAACUAUCCAAGAAUUGAAUUUGUGGUGCUGCUCCUCUUUGUCAUACCAGUUUCUUACUUACAUUGCCCAUCGCUGUCCUAAUCUUAGGUUGCUUAUAUUAGAAUUGGCAGACAAGAACUUACCUGAUGUAUUCAGAAGUAAACUUGCCUUGAUGCUUAAGCGGUGCUUGUACUUGGAAUCUCUGUCAUUGAAAAUUCGAGGGCCUGCAGUUGAUGCAAAUUCUUUUGGGUCCAUAGAAUUUUUGCUUCCCAGUACUGUCAAAAUGCUAAAGUUGCAGCCAGUGCUUGAGCAAGACGCAAUCCGAAUCAUAAGGACAGUUGGUAGAAACCUUAUGGAAACAGAAAUUCUAAGCAUCCCUACCUCUCCUUUUUGCAAACUGCAGAGCUUGUCACUGGUUUUAGAUAUAAUAACUGAUCAACUACUUUUAACUAUCACCAACUCUGUUCCUCUUUUGGUAGAGUUGGAUCUUGAAGACAGACCAAACAAGGAACCAAUGCCAGACUAUGACUUGACCAACAAUGGGCUUCAAUCCCUAUGUUUUUGUCAACAUUUGACAGCCCUCUCUCUUGUACGAAGUAGACUUAGACACCAAGGAGCAUUCAAAAGAGUAAAUGAUAUGGGCAUGUUUCUUCUAUCUGAGGGUUGCAAAGGCCUGGAAGCAGUGAAACUUUGUGGAUUCUCCAAGGUUAGUGAUGCUGGCUUUGCUGCAAUUUUACAUGCCUGCCAAAACUUAAAAAAAUUUGAAGUCCGAAAUGCCUUGUUUCUGUCAGACUUGGCCUUUCAUGAUCUCGCUGACAUUCCAUGUGCCCUUGUUGAGGUGAGACUGUUGUCAUGCCAGCUAAUAACUAGUGAAACUGUUAAGAAAGUAGCCUCUUCUAAGAGCCUAGAGGUUCUUGACCUGGGCGGUUGCAAGAGCAUAGCCGAUUCAUGCCUCAGCUCUAUUUCAUGUCUCAAUAAUUUAACGGAAUUGAAUCUCACAGGAGCUGAUGUUACUGAUUCUGGUUUAUCUGUUCUUGGUCAAGGAAGUAUGCCCAUAAGAAAUUUGUGUCUUAGAGGCUGUAAGAGGGUAACUGACAAAGGAAUUUCUCGUUUGCUGUGUGGAGGGGCAAUUGGCCAAUUGUUGACAGCCCUGGAUUUGGGUUACAUGGCCGGUAUAUCAGAUAAAACCAUUUUGACAGUAGCUGCUGCUUGUGUAGGGAUUAUUUCUUUGUGUAUUAGGUCUUGCUUUUAUGUGACUGAUUCUUCAAUGGAAGUAUUAGCUAGAAAGAGAACAUUUCAAGAUGGGAGUAAACAACUGAGGAGGCUUGAUGUGUGUAACUGCAUUUGUUUGUCUGCUGAUUCAUUGAGAUGGUUUAAGAGGCCUUUGUUUCAAGGAUUACAUUGGCUUGGUAUUGGGCAAACUUGUCUGGCUAGCCAAGGAGAUGUUACCGAAAUAUAUGAGGAGCGACCAUGGCUGACUUUGUGCUUGGAUGGCUGUGAAAUGGGAUGUCAAGAUGGAUGGCAUUUCCACAGACCUUAAAAAUCAUCCAUCUUGAUUCUUGACAAGCUUGCUUCCUUCACAUUUGUGUUAACAGGUUCAGAAGAUCCUCUUGAAAGCCUGCAAAGAGCUGGAGACUGGAGUUUUGAUUUCACAACUUCCAGACACAUUUCCGUGACUAACCAAUGAGAGAGGCGAAAGUACCGCGGGUUUGAAUCAGUAUACUUUAUUAGGCCUAGUAUUAAAUAUUUAUUAGGACCAUGUCCGACUGGUUGGAGUUUGAGAACCAACGUUCUUGUCACUUGUUGCUGUAAAAUCAAUAAUGUCCGCAGAAACACUCGUUUUUGGGGGUGAAACUGUACAGCAUUAUUCAUGUACUUGGUGGUAACUAGGGCUACACCCCAAAAUCAUUUGGUGACAUUCACACCAGUAACAAACCUUAAUUGAUUAGCAAGUAUCAAUAUUGCUCUC